AUGAGCAACCAGAAAAGGGUUUCAGGGAGUGAAGGAUCUCGUGGUGAUGGCAACAAAGCUCCGUCUGGAGGAAGCACCAAGUUGUCUCGGGAUGCAUGUGGUGCUCGAGUGACUACUGUGCUAGCCACUACUGGCUCAAAACCUGACCGAGGGUGUGAUGUUUCUUUUACGGACAUGAAAAUGAUUGGAUAUGGUUCAUUUGGAUAUGUUUAUCGAGUAAAACUGGUCGAAAGCAACGAAGUUGUUGCUAUAAAGAAGGUCCUCCAAGAUAAACGUUUUAAAAAUCGCGAACUUGAAGUUAUGAGAAAGUUGGAUCACUGCAAUGUGAUUAGAUUACGAUACUUCUUUUAUUCCAAUGGUGAAAAAAGGGAGGAAGUUUACCUAAAUUUAAUUCUUGAUUACUUUCCAACAACCGUGUAUCAGGUAGCUAGACAGUACAGCAGGCAGAAACAAAUGAUCCCCAUCUUGUAUGUGAAACUGUACAUGUAUCAGUUGCUACGAGCGCUAGCCUACAUUCACUCAUUUGGAAUAUGUCAUAGGGACAUAAAGCCGCAGAAUUUGCUUCUACACCCCGACUCUGUAGUUCUGAAACUCAUCGAUUUUGGUAGCGCUAAAAUCUUGGUUGAAGGGGAAGUGAACGUUGCUUACAUCUGCUCCAGGUAUUACCGGGCACCUGAACUUAUUUUCGGUGCAACGAAUUACACCUGUGCCAUCGAUAUCUGGUCUGCUGGAUGUGUGUUAGCGGAACUUCUUCUUGGUUCUCCCAUCUUUCCUGGGGACAGUGGGGUGGACCAGCUUGUCGAAAUUAUCAAAGUUCUUGGUUCACCUACAAGAGAACAGAUAGCAGAGAUGAACCAGAGUUACACUGAAUUCAGAUUCCCUCACAUAAAACCACACCCCUGGAAAAAAGUUUUCCGACCCCAAACACCGGAAGAUGCGAUUGAACUUACUUGUAGACUCUUAGAAUACACUCCUAAAAGUCGGCUGCAUCCGUUAGAUGCUCUGGCUCACGAGUUCUUUAACGAGCUCAGAAUCGAAGGUGCAAGGACGCCCCCUCCAUCUAGCCGUGAACUUCCUCCUCUGUUCAACUUCAGCGAACAGGAACUGAGGGAUAAGCCCCAGCUGCGCGCCACCUUGAUACCAUCGCACUUCAGCACCAUCAUCUCCAACGGUCCUUAACCUGUACCCACUAGACUCUCGUCGUGGAGAACAACAUUUGAAUCGGUUUUAAGUUGCUUAUUUUAGUUCAAUUAAAGACGUUGGUUUGUAUCAUAUUACAAUGGUAGCUGUGAGCCCAUGUUCGUUGCCGAUAUACAAUAGUGGGUUGACCAAGAGACAGUGAAUUUAAAGUGAUUUGUGCUAUCCCCGUUCAAGAUGAUAAUUCCGAUUAAUUAAGUGUCAGAGCUCAAAUGAAAUUCUAUGAAUUUGUGAUCGAAUUUGUAUUGUUCAUGUGAACAUGAAAGGUGUACCUGUGACUUUACUCAGAUGGCGUUUACAGUAAGUACUCAUGUAGUGAUUUCGCUGCAAUGAUACAAAAAACGUACAGUUCGGAGUAAAAGGAACUAGUCGGUUUGCUCACUGGAGUGAACUUAAGUAAAAAUAUGUCAAGACGUUUGAGAUGUUCACAUUAACUUUCCAUCUACAAUUACAUCAACCAUUUUUGAUCUGAAUAAGUGCAGAAUGUUUCAUACAGUUGCUCUUAAACGUUCAAGUUCUAGAUCAUAGCUGAUAGAGUUUAAAGUUUUGCGUUCUAGCGUUUGGGGUGACCUCCUCGAAAUGUCUCUAAGAUACGAGCACAUUCCCGCUCAUGCUAAGCUUAUCUUGUUAAAAGCGUUCGGGUCAAAAUUUUAAAUUAUGAAUAAGGCUGGCCAGUUGAGCACAUGUAGUAAACUUUGUAAAAACAUUCCGGUGUUACCAUGGGUGCAAUGCAGAGUUACAAAAACCGACAUUCCAGCUGUACAUCCAUUCUGUGUGCACCAGACUAGUCCGUGAAAGUUGGAAUAUUUAUUAACACAGAUGAUGAGAUAUUGAGAGUAAAUAAUGGAAUGCUGUUAUUGAUUCGUUGGUUUUUGGGUUACCCAUUUGGGCCAAUUUUUGCUUUAUAAACAAUAAUAAUGAUACAAGCUGUUACUGUAAUCGAUCGGUUAUAAUUUAUAUUAACUAGUUGAACUAAAUAGUUUUGUACUCUGUGAUGAUAUGAUUACCUAGUCAAAACUGCUUUCCCACAUGUGAACAAGUUUAUUUUAAUUUUAAAAUAUCGCUAGUAUUCGAAACAGGGCUUUCAGGGUUUGAAAAUACUUCAUCGUUCCCAGUAGCUGAUUUAAUGAUGAAACCAUUCAGUUGCAGUUUAUGUGUAGUUUGAUGAUCUGAAAUUAAGUUGUUAAUAUUUGAUGAAACUAUGAAAGGUCUUGUUAAAUAUGAACUUCCCAUACUAUAUUCAUUCUAUACUCAUAAUGUUAUAAGCUAUUGGGUAAUACUUAGAGAGAUGCAUCUUGGCAGUGGCUGAGUUUAAGAAGAAUAAGAAUAAGAAAUGAACUAGAUAUAUUAGAAAACAGUACUGUUCUGUUUCUAACGCAUUGUUCGUCUAAUGAAAUAUUUUGUGAUCA